CUUAACAGCAAAUAGACCAAAUAAUUGUUCAUAAUUUUUAGUAUAAACAUACAACUGAAUUCGUCCAAUUCCCAAUCCUCAUAAAGAUUUAAAAUUUAUACAAAUUUUAUGAAAUUCAGUUAAACCCAUCAAAUUCAAAACCCUUCUUCGCUUCUUCUUCGUAAGCUGAUAUUUCCUUUUCGUAAGCUGAUAUUUCCUUUGUCAAAGUUUCAUACUUUCCUGAGAAACUAGGGUUCACUACUUCAAAUUUCAAUGGGUCGUUCUCGCGGGAAUUUUCACUCUGCUGAUGACGAUCCCACUCAGAGAUCAAGGAGAAAGAAGAAUGCAUCUGCUGGAGAAAAUUUAGAAUCUUCAUCUUCAGGUCAAGGAACAAGUGAAGGGAAAAGGGCUUUAUACCACUGCAAUUACUGCAACAAAGACAUCACAGGAAAAAUCCGUAUCAAAUGUGCUAAUUGUCCUGAUUUCGACCUAUGUAUAGAGUGCUUUUCUGUUGGAGCUGAGGUUACACCCCAUAAAAGCAGCCAUCCUUACAGGGUCAUGGACAACUUAUCUUUUCCCCUUAUCUGUCCUGACUGGAAUGCAGACGAAGAAAUUUUGCUUCUAGAGGGAAUUGAAAUGUAUGGCCUUGGAAACUGGACAGAAGUUGCCGAGCAUGUGGGCACUAAGAGCAAGGAAAAGUGCAUUAACCAUUAUACUAAUAUUUAUAUGAAGUCCCCAUUCUUCCCUCUUCCGGAUAUGUCUCAUGUUGUUGGUAAAAAUAGAAAAGAGCUUCUUGCUAUGGCUAAAGGGCAUACUGAGGACAAGAAAGGACCCAUGCUUGGGGAGCUUUCAGUGAAAGAAGAAUCUCUUUUUUCACCUUCAAGAGUCAAAGUUGAAGGUGGUAGUUGUGGUCGAUUAAUGUCUGCAUUAAAUGCAGCUUCAGAUGUAGAGUCGGGGGUGCGUUCUAACAGUAACAGUACACCAUCGGGAGAUGUUAUGAAGGUAUCGAACAUGACCCAGGUUAAAGAUGGAAAUGUUAAAAUGGAAGAUCAUCAAGUUGACAGAAAUUUUGGGGGAAAGAAGCCAAAUUCGCCGGGAAAUGAUGGUCCUUCUUUAGUUGAGUUGAGUGGUUAUAACAUCAAAAGGCAGGAGUUCGAUCCAGAGUAUGACAAUGAUGCAGAGCAGUUACUAGCUGAGAUGGAAUUUAAAGACACUGAUACUGAGGAGGAGCGGGAGCUUAAGCUGCGAGUGUUGCGUAUCUAUUCAAAGAGGCUGGAUGAGAGGAAGCGCCGAAAGGAUUUCAUUCUCGAAAGAAAUUUGUUAUAUCCUAAUCCUUUUGAGAAGGACUUAUCUCCUGAGGAGAGGGCACUUUGCCGACGUUAUGACGUCUUCAUGCGCUUUCAUUCGAAGGUAGAACAUGACGAAUUGCUUCAGACGGUUAUCGCUGAGCACCGGACUUUAAAAAGGAUUGAAGAACUCAAGGAAGCCCGAGCAGCUGGUUGUCGAACAUCAGCUGAGGCGGACCGAUAUCUUGAACAAAAGAGGAAAAGGGAAGCUGAAGAAACUUCUCACCGAGCAAAAGAUGGAAUCCAGGUUGGUCCAGGUGGCCAGGCAGCCCCAAACUCAUUCAUGGCUUCUGAGUCGGUUGGCAAGGACUCAAAUUCAAGACCAACAGCACAGGCUUCUGCAAGUUAUGCUAAAGAUUUGGACAUAAUGGGAUUCGCAGAAACCCAGUUACUGUCUGAAACUGAGAAGCGACUGUGCAGUGAGAUCCGGUUGCCUCCGCCACUUUAUCUGAGGAUGCUGCAGAUCAUUUCAGAAGAGAUCUUCAAUGGCAACAUCAGUAAAAAAGCGGAUGCUCAUCGCUUAUUCAAGAUUGAACCAAGCAAGAUCGAUAGAGUUUAUGAUAUGCUGGUGAAGAAGGGGAUUGCUACCCCAUGACAUUGUAAUCGACCGCGUUCAUGAUUUAGCUGCUGCUGCUGCUGCUGCGAAAGCUGACUACCAUCUUUGUUUUCUAUCAUUUUUUUUUACUUUCAAGAGAAUGAAACCAAAUAAUAAUAAUUGUGUAUGUAGGUACCAAUAUUAGGUACUUUAAAAUAUGGAGUACUGUUUAUAGUCAUGUUAAUACUGUGUAAUUUAUUUUCAUCACAUUAGAUCAGUUCUCUCCAAAGACAUGGAGAAAUGAGGUUUUGUAUUAGUAAGUUUAGAAUAAGCUGUAUCAAAUAUCAAAAUUUCUUCCCCUUAGUUUACAAA